AACCUUCCUUUUUGGGUCAAAAAAACUCUCGUUGAAAAGUCGCUGUUCUGCUUACAUAUUCAUCUCCUUUCUAUAUAUACCAUUUUCACUUCAUCUUCCACUCUCAUCCUCCUACAAGAUUUCAAAAUAACAAUUCCUCUCCUCUCUGUAACAUUCAGCUUUUUUAAUAGUAUAGUCUUUAAAGAUUUGAAGAAGUCUCAGAAAUGGAGGCUGAAACUCAUGUAGCUUCUGCUUUAGAGUUCAUCAAGCAUCAUUUACUUGGUGAUCUUCUCUCACCUGUUGGUGCUUCAUGUUCUUAUUCCACCCUUAAUGAUGUAAAUAUGGAGCUUUCGAGCUCUGAAAAUGAGUCUAAUUGCUCCCGGACUUCAAGUAUUGAUUCAACAAUCUCAUUCUCUGAUUACUUUACAAGCAACAAUAUUGAUGACGAUUUCUUCCAAUUUGAAGCUAAACCUCAAAUCGUUGAUCUCACUGCUCCAAGAUCUUGCGAUUCGCCAACUAGUUUUGAAUUUGAUGCAAAACCUCAACUAAUCUCUCAAUCAAGUAACGAAUUCUUCGAAUUCGAAUCAAAACCUCAAAUACAACACAUUCAGAAUUUCAGAUUUGAAUCAAAACCUCAAAGUAUUUCUCUAUCAAAUAACGUUUUCAACGAUUUCGAAUCAAAACCUGAAAUACCAUCUGUUGGUUCAAGUUCUCAGGGGAACCGAAAGCCGUCUUUGAAAAUAUCGUUGCCCAAAAAAACCGAAUGGAUCCAAUUUGCUGAACCGAACCAGCAAUCGGUCCAAGCUGACUCGGGUGCUUCUGCUGUAGAAGAGAAAAGGCAUUACAGAGGAGUCCGACAGAGACCGUGGGGCAAAUACGCAGCGGAGAUCCGAGACCCGAACCGGAAAGGCACUCGGUUGUGGCUCGGAACCUUCGAAACAGCUAUCGAAGCCGCCAAAGCCUACGAUCAAGCAGCGUUCAAGUUUCGCGGCUCAAAAGCCAUUCUGAACUUCCCUCUAGAAGCUGGGAAAUGGAACACACGUGCCAGUGAAGGAAACGAACGGAAACGAACAAGAGAAAGUGAGAUUGUAGAAGAGGAAGCGAAGAAGGUGGUGAAGAGAGAAGAGCCUCAGGGAGAUGAGGCGUUGACGCCGUCGAGCUGGACGGCAAUUAUGGACGGAGGCGAUUUGAAAGGAAUCUUCAAUGUACCGCCGUUGUCUCCGUUUUCUCCUCAUCCGCCGUUAGGAUAUUCUCAGCUUAUAGUUUCAUAAAAUUUCUAUUUUUUAUUCUAGUAUUUUAUUUUAUUUUUC